AUGCCGGAUCCAUUACAAGUACUACCAGCCGAGAUUAUUCUCCGCUGCAUCGAAUUCACACCACUCUCUGGCAUUGCAGCUCUAAAUUCGACUACAAAAGCAUGGCACGGGUUCCUGGAUACCACACAUCAAGAUGCGAUAUACGCAUCACAAGCUCAGCAACUAUACAACAAACACCCCAGAAGCGAUCGUGAAGUCACAGAACUCGGUCCAGACAGGAGUUUUGUGCAAUACUUUCAUGGUGUCGAGAACUGGAAGGACUUUUGCAAAAGACUGAUGCUGCUGGAGAAGAACUGGAAUAGCAAGAGGCCAGUGGUGAGGGAAAGUGUGGUGCAGGUUGGCUAUGACCCGGUGUGGCGAUUCAAGCCUGACUUCAAGCGGAGGUUUAUCGUUUCGACGUCGCAGUCUGGGGGUGUUUGUGUCACUGACAUGGAUGAUGGACGUAUGCUAUGGAGAUUGAGAAGAGAAGACGUCCGUAUGUGUGCGCAUCUCGAAUAUGACCAAGAAAGCGGGACUGCAUGUUGGGAUCGUUUUGGCAAUGCAAUCGAGGUCUGGAAAGCCGAUGAGGUUGAGAGAGGAACCUUCCACCGUGUGGGUCUUCUCGAACACGAUUGUGAAACCAGAGGGUUCCAGCUCUCGAGAUUUAACGACAAGGAAACACUGUGUGUUGUUUCUUCCGAGGGUAAAGGCUUUGUCUGGGACCUCUCUGUACAUCCACCACAACGACAAAGGGUCCUGGACAUCGAGAACGAGGCCGUGGGUCAUCUAGAUCAGGGCGAAGACACAGUAUGCUACAGCAUGGGACAACGAGGUUACCAUGUGUGCUCCAAGACCACUGGCGAGAUGCUAGGAAAAUUCGACCCCAAAGACUGCCAAAACAUCUACCACAUCGCUCAUCCGCCUCCUCAACCAAAUCUCACCAUGGGCGCAACAAACCACGGUCCCACAGCGUCUGUAAACCCACCCCAGAACCCACGCAAAGAUCGCCUUGCACCACUAAAACUGUACAAUGGCCCUCAUCCAGUACCGCGAAGCCCACUAGCAAUCGAGAACGACGAGUGGGGCUCUGGUAUCAUCUCAGGAAACUACAUGUGUGGUGUUUCUCGCGGUGGCCGGGUCUUUGUCUGUACAGAUUUCAUGGGUGCUCUAGCUGAACCCGCACGCUUCAAAGAAACAACAGCAAUACUACAUACCGAAGGUGACGGCUCAACUUUCGAACUCGGAGGCUGGCUAAGCAUAAAGAAUGGACGCUGUCUGUUUGAAAUCAUCGACAGCAUUUAUGUCUUCACACUACCUGAUUUUGGACAGCUUCCUGCGACAGGAGAAGCUCAAAGGCCUAUUUGGGCUACACCAAUCAGCUCGGCACCACAACUCGCUGUGCCUGUGAGUUUCAUGGGUAUCUAUGAUGAUUGUAUCAUGCACACCUACACAACACUCGGGUUCCGCAGUCCCCGACAGCGACGAGAUUCCAACGAUGAUCAUGCGGAGCGCACUCGCGCCUUUCCCACAAAAGCGAUUAGAAUACUGAGUCUAGCGCCAGAUCUAUCUCGUCCAGGAAAAGAGCUCUCCUAUGUUGAAGGCUCAGAGAGAUACGAUGACACUCCCCGGGAUGGCAGCGGCAGAACAAUGCCAGCACCUCCCACACGCGGUGCAGCAAUGCAAGCAGGUCUUUUGCAACUAAUGGCUCUACUAACCAACACGCACGACGAAACCUCCGAUGAUGAAGACGAAGACGAGGAUGCAGGAUUUGAGCUUCGUGAAGUUGGAAGACCACCAGCAGGACUCAGCGAAGAAGAACUCGUAGAGUGGGAGCAAUCCCAAGCCAUGGAAGCGAGACAAGAUGCAGAGGACCGAGAGUUGAUCGCGGAGAUGAUGGGGAUGACGGAUGAUGAGGUGGAGAUGGGGAUGGUGAGGUCUGAUGAUGAGGAUGAGGUUGCUGCUGUGGGCGGCAGAGUGCCUUAUGCGCCGAGCCUCGAUGAUGAGGAUGAAGAGGAUUAG